UGCUUGGGUCAGUCAGCAUUCGCACUGAGACUCGUGCGUACGCUAUCUGGGCAGAACGUGACGACUGGUGACCAGAGAUAAAAUCGGCAAUUCCGGCGCGGCAGAAAGCGCCGGUGCCACUGGAUUCAACAAGAACCUCGUCCGUGGGCAGGCUGGAAGCUUUCGACGCAAGCACAAGAUUUUUCUACCAUGGCUCGUGACCACGCCUACCGAGAUGUUUGUGGACUGCAUCUGAGCUACAUAUUCCAGGAACCAGUCAUAAAAGAAGCACUCGCAUACAAGCCCAAGCCUGAUGACGUUUUUAUCGUGUCAUUUCCAAAGUGUGGGAGUACAUGGAUGCAGCAAAUUGUCUAUGCGAUUUACCACGACGGCUCCAAACCCAAGAAUCUUCGAGACUUAAUGGAGAACACGCCCUUCCUAGAGGCUCAAGGACUCAAAGCCGUCGAGAACAUGCCACGACCUGGUGCAAUCAAGACUCACCUGCCGUUUCAUCGCGUACCUUACUCACCGCAAGCGAAGUACAUAUUCGUGGCCCGAAACCCAUAUGACUGCUGCGUUUCUUUCUACCACCACACCAGAGCGUUUCCGGCGUACCGCUUUGCCGAUGGAUCAUUCGACGAGUUUUUGAGUCUAUUUCUACAAGGGAGAGUAGACUACGGCGACUACUUUGACCAGUUACUGUCUUGGUACAAUCAUGUGCACGACGAGAACGUCCUCUUCAUAACCUACGAGAAACUUAAAGUGGACCCUAGCGCUGCAGUUAUCAAGAUCGCUGACUUCCUGGGAGACAAGUACGGCAACAAACUCCGCAAGCAGCCGGAGGUGUUAGAAAGGAUCUUGGACACAAUAAGUGUGAAAACCAUGAUGGGUUUGAACGUCCAGCUUAGAAGGUGGACCGAAGAGGUGGCCGAGAUGACCGCCCUUGGGGGCAAGUGCAAGCCUCUCAACGAUGAGGCUGCUGAUGAUUUAAUGAAACCGAUGACCGGAGACUUUGUGCGGAAGGCCAUCGUUGGCGACUGGAAAAAUCACUUCAGUGCAGAGCAGAUAGAGCGAAUGAAGGAAAGAAUAGCUUUGAAAAUCCAGGAAAGCACCGUUAUGAGCCUCUGGGAGGACGUCGAACUUCCAUGAAACUGAAAGUGUCUCAAAUUCACUCGCCAUCUUUUUCUUUUUUUUAUGCUGGUUCCAUAAUAUCCUAGGUCACACUGGUGUUUUGGAGGACCACGCAUCUUCUGAACAAUAUUUAUGUAGUGACUCUGACAUCACUGCUACAUAUUUGCAAUAACAAAGAGUAAGCUUUUAUUGAGUAUUUUGGUGAGUUAACUGUAGGUUAAUGAAUGCACGCAAAUAGUAAUCAUUUAUGUUACAUAGAUAUAAAAUGCCUUCAAUAUGCCAUAUCUGAGUACCUGAUAGUGUUCGAAAAACAAAGAUCGAUUUCACAAUAUAAUGGUCUGUAAGAUGCCCGACUUGUAUUGAAAGAGGAUAAAUUGAAAUUAACCUAGGACGGCUAAAGUACUCAUGUCAUUCCUUGCUGAUUUCCAUGUUUUCCUUUCUUUUUUCUCUGGCAAAUUGCAUAGACUCAUUAUCAAUAUCAAUAAAAUGUCUUAAAGCAGUGAUAUAUUUUCGGCGAUAAUAAUCAAUAAAUGAAUUCGUAAACAUCGUU